ACUGGGAAUUUGGCUAUACAAUUCUAGAGCUAGCUAGCUUCAGUGCACAUCAAUGGAGUCCGCUGGUAAUCCCUUGUACAGUUGCAGCAACUGCCGGAAUCCCCUCGCUCUUGUCGAGGAUCUUAUCUCCAAGAAUUUCCUGGCAACAUCAGGGAAAGCUUAUAUGUUCCAGCAUGUAAUGAACGUAGCGUUGGGUCCGAAAUACGACGCGCAGAUGCUAACCGGUCGACACAGCAUCGCCGAUAUAUUUUGCAACAAGUGCGGAGAAAAACUGGGCUGGAAAUAUGUUCAAGCUUAUGACCAGGAAAACAGGUACAAGGAAGGCAACUUCAUCCUCGAAGAACUUAAGAUGUUCUAACCAUACUAAAACUACA